AUGGACAUUGCAGGUGUCGUUCUGGCAGUGCUCAGUGAGGGAGACAGGUUGGUCGCCCUCGUCAUCACGCUAAAAGACGCAAGAAGUGAGAUUGAGGACCGGGUCGCAAAGAUUCAAUCGCACUGGGUACGGACGCAAGCCCAACUUGACUUCGCAAAGCGCGCUUGGAUCGGGCUCUCCAAAGAUCAUCGAACAAUCCAACUCAGCACCCUGAAGCGUCUACAAAGCAAAGUAGAGUCGGCGGAACACCGCAUCCAAGGACUGAUUGGCAAGCAAACCCGAGCUACAGCCACUCCUGACCAAAAGCUGAAGAUCAAACGCAUGAAAUACCUCUUUGUCAAGCCGUGUCUUGACUCGGUCAUCGACGACCUUGUCCAAUGGCAAACGUUGUACGAUCCAACGUUUUAUCUGAUGAUGAAGAUUGCGAGCCCCAUCAUCGAUGCUGAGCUACAAAGAAAGGACCCGGGUGCUUCUCGGGAGGCAAACUGCUGUGCUGCGAUCAGCAAGAAAGGUCCGGAGCGUCCUUAG